AUGCUCUCGCUCCAACACCAAUCGCAGGUCGGCCAUGGCGGCCUUGGUCCGAACGGACAGGGUGGCCACGAUGAAGGGAGCCACCGAGGCGGAGGAUCGGACGACCAUCUACAGCAUCAUCAACAGCUCCACCACCCCCAGGGCGGCCACGAACAGCUCUAUGGAACCCACGGCGCGCAACAGGGCGCACCCGGGGUAGAGGGCCACGGGGGCCACCCUGAAGAUGGCGGCCACCACGGCGUGCAUGGCUACCCAGAAGGCCUGCCCUUCGGCUACCCGCCUCAGAUGGCAGGCGCAGAGGGUCUUGGUUCCCUUCAACUGGCGCAGAUGGGUUCGCUCAUUCAGGGCCAGCAGUACGCCCUCUUGCCAAGCUCUGAGGACGCGGUGUACGUUAAUCAGAAGCAAUAUCAUCGCAUCCUCAAACGACGUCAGGCGAGGAUGAAGCUCGAGGCCAGAUUCAAGGUCAUCCCGCGCAAGGAGUGGCUGCACGACUCGCGGCACCAGCACGCCAAGAACCGCAUGCGCGGUCCAGGCGGCCGCUUCUUGAGCAAGGAGGAGCGCGAGAAAAUUCCUCGCCGAACGGAGCACACUCAGGCUCCUCGCCAUCGUCGCCGGCCAACUACCAGAGCUGAUGAUGGCGCUGUCCGCUCACUUGCUCGCUACCACAGGCGAGCCAGGCCAGCCUGUCCAUCAGGCCUGCCCCUUGUUGUGCAUCAUUCUACACCACCACCGUCAAUGGGAGGAGGCUGGCUCUUUAGCCUUUUGUACAUAUUUGCGCGAGGCUUUGUGGUUGAGCCAGAGCCCUUUCCUCCUCAAUGUCACACCCCCUAUUUAAUCCAACCUUGCCAUUCAACAGAGAGAUGA